UAGCUUUGCUUACCUUUUAGGGUUCAGAUUUACUCUCCAUUCAGUCUGUGGUCUUUAGCUUUUGGCAAACUUUCAAAGAAACCUCUCUUUUGCAGAGACUGCACCCACUUUAUUCUUCCACCCUUGGGUGGUGGAGAACCAAAGGUCACUUGAGUAAUGCCUGACCUGCCACCACUUUAGCUCAUGCACUAGCCGACACUCUCUUGCCUCUUGCCUCGCAACUGCCUCUGCCCUAGUUUGGAGGGGGGUCUGGCUUUUGAGGGCCCGUGAAGGUAAUUAAUGCAAACAGCCACUUUGCAAGUGAACUCUGAGAGUUCGGCCUAUUUGUAGUGGAGGUUCAGCAACUCACAAUGCUUGGCUUUAUGGGCAGUUUACAACGCAGCCAGAUUCAGUUCUCAAAAAACCAAAACCCCAAGGACGCUGCCUUUUAAUCAGAGAAGAACGAAAAACAUAGGCUGACCUAACUGCAAGGUGACGGCAAAUGUUUUAAAGUGCAGGAGCUUUGACCCUCCCCUCCCCCAUUUUGCUAUGAUUGUCUAGGUAUUUCUUUGAAAGCCAGAGGACACUGUCAGUAAUUGCUAAAAUAAUAGCUAUCUGUUGAGCGGGUAUUAUCGUAGUGUGGACAGGGGCCCCAUUAUUGCGCACGUUCUGUGCUGUGCGGCAGGGAGCCGGUUGCUAACUCGGGUGCGUCUGGGCUCCGCGGGCCUGGGCCGCCGGGAACCGGAGCCACCUGGGGGCGGGGCCUCGGGACCCCGCCAGUGCGCAUGGGCGACGUCUGCUCCUACAGACCCCCUUCAAUUUCCGCCACGGUCGGAAACGUAGCGAAUGCAGUUAGCUGAGUGUCAGCUGAGCGCGCCGGUCGCCGGAAUGUCUGAUGAAAAAGGCUCCUUGAGGGGAGGCGUGGAGAAAGGAGAGGAGCCAGCGGGGACCAUCGCUGGUAGUGCGUUCUCUGUGAAGCGGGUGGAGGACGAGGAAGAACCGAUGAAGGUGGAAGUGGCGGUGGGGGCUGAUGACUGCCCUGACGACCUCAGCUGCCGGGAGGCCGACAUAGACCCAUACCUCCUAGGGCUUGCGGAUGACGAGGAGAAAUGCCGGAAAAUCCGCAGGCAGUACCGACAGCUCAUCUAUAGUGUCCAUCAGAACCGUGAUGACAUAGUGAACACGGCGAGCGACACGUUAACCGAGGCCCUUGAAGAAGCCAAUGUCCUGUUUGAUGGAGUGAGCCGAACCAGAGAAGCAGCACUCGAUGCCCAGUUUCUUGUUUUGGCUUCUGAUUUGGGUAAAGAGAAAGCAAAGCAACUGAACUGUGAUAUGAGCUUUUUUAAUCAAGUAGCGUUUUGUGACUUUCUGUUUAUAUUUGUGGGCCUGAACUGGAUGGAAGAUGAUGAACGUGAUGAAUUGAGUGGCUGUGAUGAUAAUAUAGCUCUUUCCUUCUGGGAGACAGUACAGAAGGAAGCAACAUCCUGGAUAGUGCAAGCUGAAACAUUCCACUUUAUUUUUGGUUCAUUCAAGUCUAAGCCUUCUGCACCAAAGCCCCGACUUGAACACCAGAAGAAAGCUCACAAAAUGGAAGAAAAUGGGGCUAUGCCUACAAAGCUGAGGAAGUUGGACCUGAGUAAUAAUCAAGAAGCAACAGAAAAAGAAGUAGAAAGAAUCUUGGGAUUGUUGCAAACUUACUUUCGAAAGUAUCCUGAUACUCCCGUGUCCUAUUUUGAGUUUGUGAUUGAUCCAAACUCUUUUUCUCGUACUGUGGAGAAUAUCUUUUAUGUUUCUUUCAUUAUAAGGGAUGGUUUUGCAAGAAUAAGGCUUGACCAAGACAGGCUGCCAAUAUUAGAGCCGAUUAAUAUUAACCAAGUGGGUGAGGGAAAUGAUCCCAGUUCUUAUGGUAGGAGACAAGGAGUUAUAUCUUUAAGUUUACAGGACUGGAAAAAUAUUGUGGCAACUUUUGAGAUUUCAGAGGCUAUGAUCACAAACUCAUACUAGGGACUUUUGUUCUUAGUAUAGGAUGUAUUUUGUGGCUUUUCCAAAGUAUCUCAAAAUUGAGAGUAAGAUCCAAGCAGAAGCACAUAGUGUAUUUCAUGUAAAGUGAAAAAGUAUUUUCAAAACAUCAGAAAUUGUUUUACUGUGCAAUGUAUUUUUUUUUUUGGUAGUUUAUGAAGUUGUCAUGAUCUGUUAUUAAAAAACAUUCAUUGGCAUGUUCACGGAAAGAUUUUUUUUGAAUGCCCAUUAAGACUUUACCAAUAAAAGCCAGUUCUGAAUUUCCUAA